AUGUCUUUUAUGGAGGAGACUCACGAGCUUUUAUAUCUAUUGCUACAAGACCUAGGUCGACAUAUGGAUAAAUGUUUCUCUGACCUAGCAGCUACGAUGCAAGCAGCGAUGCGGGGAACAGUUAGCGAUACAAACGAUAACACAGUCUUAAGGGUCAAUCCAGAGGAUCAAGCUACGGAAUCCUUACGUGUGUUGUCACACCAGCUUCCACUUAACAGUUGUGGCAUAGAUGCUGAGGUCGCAUAUCAUACCCUGCUUAAGCCGCCUAUUACCGCUCGCAUGACAAGAGGAGGCCCAGACACAGAACCAGCAGAGAGCGGGAUAGCAGUGCCGGGCAAGACUCCUCUGAAUAUGAACACACUACAGCUGCUCGGCACCAACAUUCACUUACCGGCAUCUGAGGCGCAUCUCAUAUGUCUAGCUCAGGAGCUGGGAGAGGGUACUGAUUGUUGCUCGGAGACACACGUGAAUUCGCAGUGGGGUUGGAGGUCGGAAAAGAGCUCCCUUGUGUUGCAGCUGAUUGAGAAGAGGCCCGAUACAGUAGGCGAUCCGACAAGGCCUGCUAUUUCUCCACCGAUCACCUCAGAUCCCUCUCGCUCCUGUUUCUCCACGAUGGACUCUAGCCCUACCAGGUCAGCCUCCACUUCUACAGUGAACCCGCUCAUUGGACACGUUGGGUAUGAGACUAUUGUUGUUUGCAGCAGGAGAGGAAUCGGUCCCGAAACAUCUGUUUGUAACACAACCACCAUGUUUGACUUGUGCGAUUGGAAUGACAGCGUAGAUGCUCCGUCAUUGCCUGAGUCACUAGUGAGUGCGCAGGGUGAAGGAGCUCAGAAAGAGAAGGUGGCUUCAAGUCGGAAGAAGCGUUUAAAGAGAACUCGACAACUGAUAGAGAUUCUACGCUCACUAGAGACACCACGUCUGCAGGAGUCUAAGGACAAUGAAAGUCCACCAGACGUUCUACUCAAAAAGAAACCCAAGCGAGCCGAGGCACAGGAGCCCAGACUUAACAACAAUGUACAGCCCACUAACAACGAAGUACAGACCACAGCAGUCGGGUGUCAUUCGGCUCCUGCUGACCCUGGGCCACGACUGAGCCGUCAGCAAUGGAGAAACAAGCAGAAAAAUAAGAAGAGGAAUAAAAACAAGUUUAAACAAUUAAUGGAUCCUGUGGUACAAAAGGAGGGGACUGUAAAGGGGAAGGUUGUUGGUGAAGGGACAAAGGAAGAGGUGGCUGGGUUAGAGAAGGGAGAGAGCAAACAUUUAGAUGGGGCUACAACAUCCGCAAUCCAUACUGAAGGGAAAAGCACAGCUAAGGAAGCGGCAGUUUGGUCAAAGCGGAGUAAAAAUAAUGGUCUGAGCGAUAAGGUGACCACUCAAGAGAAGCAGAGGUUACAGAAGAUAAAGAAGAUUUUGGAGAGAGGGAAAGCGGACAAAUCUCAUAUAGAUCAGAAGAAAGAAACUGAACUGCCAACAGAUUGUGUGGAGGAAGAAGCCAUGGAUGACAAAUCUUCGUUGCUUCGAUCUCGCAUGGAGGAACGUCUCAGCUCUGGCCGGUUUCGUUUCCUAAACCAGCAGCUUUAUACGUCACACAGCCACGAGGCGCUCCGCCUGUUCCAGGAUGAUCCAGAGGCGUUUACGGUGUAUCACAACGGCUUCUCCCGACAAGUGCAGCACUGGCCUGUCAACCCUGUCACUGAGAUUCUAAAGUACAUCAAGAACAGGUAGGUGACAUCAGAGCGG